CAACAAAAAUGCAAUCAAAUUGUAAAUCAACUCUCAAAUUUAUCAAGAACCGAAAAUGAAAAUCAAAACAAGAAUGAAAAAACAUGAACCCAAUGUCGAAACCCAGCAAGGCUGGGUUUCAAUGAAACCAGCAUGGCUGAGUUGGUCGAAACCCAACCUUGCUAGUCGCGCGAACCCAGUAGCUGGGUUUCGACGAACCCAGCAAGGCUGGGUUCGUGCAACCACCAGCAAGGUUGGGUUCAUUGAAACCCAGCCUUGCUGGUCAUGCGAAACCCAGCAGCUGGGUUUUGACGAACCCAGCAAGGCUGGGUUCGGGCGACCAGCAAAGCUAGGUUCGACGCAACCACCAGCAAGGCUGGGUUCGUUGAAACCUAGCCUUGCUGGUCAUGCGAAACCCAACAGUUGGGUUCGGGCGACCAGCAAAGCUGGGUUCGACGGAACCCAGCAGAUCUGGGUUUCGUCGAACCCAGCUACCUAGCUCAUCGGAACCCAGCUACCCAGCUCAUCAUAACCCAGCCACCCAGCUCAUCAGAAC